CCCGCGGAGGACGCAGAGGCGGCCCCCCUGGAACUGGAAACGGGCUCCCGUCCCCACUGGCCCCGCGGGCGGCGCGGUUCUGUCGCAGCCGCUGGGACCCAGUCGUGGCUCCCAGAACGUGCCCAUCGUACGCCCGGUCUCGCGCUCGGCAUCACCCGAUUGCCGGCGCUCUGGGUCGCCUCUCCCGCGCCCCGCCCGCCUGGCAGCCCGCCCGCGCUGGGGGCGAGGGUCACCGCCCGGGCCCGGGAGGCGCAUUUGCGACGCGGCCGCCGGAGCCCGCGAGGCGCCGGUGCUUCUCCGAGCGGAGCUGCCACUUCCUGGCCCUGGGGAUGGAGCAGGAGAGCAUCACCAUGAGUAAAGAGCUGAGCCCCGAGCCGGCUUCGCUCCGCUGCUCCGCGUGCCACGGGGGCGAGGACUGGGGCUGCACCCCCCCACUGCGGGGCCGGGCCAAGUCCCGCAGCCUGUCCGCCUCGCCCGCCCCGGGGAGCACCAAGGAGUUCAGGAGGACGCGCUCUCUGCACGGGCCAUGCCCGGUGACCACGUUCGGACCGAAGGCCUGCGUGCUGCAGAACCCCCAGACCAUCAUGCACAUCCAGGACCCCGCGAGCCAGCGGCUGACGUGGAACAAGCGUCCCAAGAGCGUUCUUGUCAUCAAGAAGAUCCGGGACGCCGGCCUGCUGCAGCCCUUCAAGCAGCUGUGCGAGUACCUCGUGGAGGAGAACAACAUGAUUGUGUAUGUGGAAAAGAAAGUUCUGGAAGACCCCGCCAUCGUGAGCGACGAGAACUUCGGACCAGUGAAGAGGAAGUUUUGCACCUUCAGGGAAGAUUACGACGACAUCUCCAACCAGAUAGACUUCAUCAUCUGCCUGGGGGGGGACGGGACGCUUCUGUACGCCUCCUCGCUCUUCCAGGGCAGCGUGCCCCCGGUCAUGGCCUUCCACCUGGGGUCGCUGGGCUUCCUGACCCCGUUCAACUUCGAGAACUUCCAGGCCCAGGUGGCGCAGGUGAUCGAGGGAAAUGCGGCCAUCAUCCUGCGGAGCCGGCUGAAGGUGCGCGUAGCCAAGGAGCUGCGGGGCAAGGCGGCGGCCAUCCAGAAUGGGGUCAGCGGUAUCGGGGUGCUGGCCCCGGGCCUGGACCCUGAGGCCGGGAAACAGGUUGUGCAGUACCAGGUCCUCAACGAGGUGGUGAUUGACAGGGGCCCCUCCUCCUACCUGUCCAACGUGGACGUCUACCUGGACGGACACCUGAUCACCACCGUGCAGGGCGAUGGCGUGAUCGUGUCCACCCCAACGGGCAGCACGGCCUACGCGGCUGCAGCUGGGGCCUCCAUGAUCCACCCCAACGUGCCAGCCAUCAUGCUCACGCCCAUCUGCCCACACUCACUGUCCUUCCGGCCCAUUGUGGUGCCCGCCGGAGUGGAGCUCAAGAUCACACUGUCCCCAGAGGCGAGGAACACCGCAUGGGUGUCCUUCGAUGGCCGGCGGAGGCAGGAGAUCAGUCACGGGGACAGCAUCAGCAUCACCACCUCCUGCUACCCGCUCCCCUCCAUCUGUGUCCGGGAGCCCGUGAGCGACUGGUUUGAGAGCCUGGCCCAGUGCCUGCACUGGAACGUGCGGAAGAAGCAGUCCCACUUCCCCGAGGACGAGGACACGGAUGUGGACGCCGACGGGGGCACUGGGCAGGGCUAGGCCGCCUUCCUCCGGGACACGGCAGCCAGCCUGGCCGCCGGGGCGGCUGCUGGCCACCUCCUCUCAGCCCGGGAAGGACGCCAGAUUUGCCUUUUGUCAACCAAAUCAGCUGAUUUUUAAUGUUUUAAAUCUGAUCUCCUUUCCCAUUUCUAAACUGGCAGAGCGAGAAGCGGCCUGGGAGCUGGGGGGCUGUCCUCAGGGUCUCCGGGGCCGAAGGGGAGGGGUCAGCGUCACAGUGGACCCCUCCCUCUGCCAUACUGCUUCCCUCCACCCCUCUGCCUUCUCCCCCAAAACCACGCCAAGGCCACACAGGGCAGGACUCAAGUUCCUGAGCCGGUGCCGUCGAGCAGUGCUGGUGUCUGGAGAUGCUGGGUGGGGCUCUUCCCGGCCCCCACAGCCUGGCCCCCGGGGACCCCCGUCCUCCCCAGCAGCUCGGCAGGCGCCGUGGCCAGAGGGCAGACCCCACGCACAUUCCUACCCCUUCAGCCCCUGGCAGAAGUCUGAAACCCGAACGUACUUUUUAGAGAUCCUUUUAAACUCCCGAAGUGCUUAUGUACAUGUUUUAUUGUGCGCACUUCUGGGAAGCGCCGAGAGGGGAAGGGUUUGCGCUCGGGAGAACCGAGCCUCGCUCAGCGUUUACAUUUGUGCUCUGCGCCGGCGCCCGCUGGGACCACUGUGUCGAGUCCGAGUGCCCCCGGGGCCCGGCCCUGGGAGAGCCACUUGGCAUUUCUAUUCUGCAGUUGUAACGGGAUGGCACGAGACAAGCUUGUUAGCGGCAGGGGCCUGAAUGGCUUGGCGGGGAGACCCUUGGCUGCCUCCCGGCCAGGGGCUCUCGCUGAGGUGGCAGGUGGGCAGCCCACCCGGGAAGGGCCACUGGUUUCUCUGGGUUUUGCCUUUUCACCUGUUAAACUGACGGGGACAGGAAGGGCGCGGCUGCCCUUUCCCGGGCACGGCUGCCCUCUGCUCGCUCUGCAGGCAGCGGCUACGCCCAGUCUGGCUCGCGAGGACUUCCUUGGCUCCAGCCCCCUGCUCCUUGUCUGGGCACUGCAACGUCUGAUGUUUGGUGAGGGUAUCCGGGCCUCGGCCCCCCCCAGCCCUGUACCAUUGCCCCUUCCCCACCCGCCAGCUGGGCUGGGCCUCCUGGUUUGGACCAGAAGACUGGCAGUUUGUCCCUCAGACAGAAAAGCAAGUGACAGCCAAGGCCUACGGCAGCAUGAAGUUGGAAUGAUCUAGAACACUUUGUAUUUUUGAAGUAAAUUCUUAAUGUUUCAUAUUGUUAAUAUCCUGAAAAUUUGUUAAUGUUGAAAGCCUUAUUACUAUUUUAAGAUCCUUUCAAUAAACAGACUUGUACAAAACA